AGUGGUAAGUUGGGUUCGGAAGAUUGACAACCGACCGAGCGGUCCGGGAGAGCUGAGCUGGAACCUGGCAGGCGUCCUUUGUAUUCUAUUGGCGGUUCGUAUUGACAAUGUAUGCGCUGCAAGGCCUUUGUGGGCGACAAUCUUUGCGCAUACAGGGAGCGGGAUGUAGUGUACUAGAAACAUCAGCGACGAAGACUGAUAAAGACAACACAGCGAGCGAACGAGGCAAAGCUCGUUAUACACGUGCUCGUAGCGUAAACGGUGCGAUAUGCGGAGACAGAAAAAGGAAUAAAUGGGUGGAAGUUGCAAGGAGCUUGAGCUUUGUUAGGAACUCUACGAAUGACAGCAGCAUCCCGCUGAGUCAAGAUAGAAAUUUAGCCUGUGCUGAUAAGCUAGUCCCUGCAUCCCUGCGAACUCCCCACGGCCACUCCACGCACAUGACAUCGUCUUUCACUCGCAGUUCGCCGCAGACCGACUUGGAUGUCCUGUCUCGAAGCCUCAUCCGACGUCUUAGAGGCCGCUGGCUGUUAACGUCCAAACGUCAUGUCAACGACGAUUCUGGCCUUUCGCAGGUGUGGGACGACAGAUCUACAAUUAGUACCCGCCGAUCAUACAUAGUGCCUCACAUUUAGAGCAGUAACUUCGCCUUUAACCUUCGCCCCCAAAGAAGUGAGGCUGUUCGCCAUCAGUCCUUCGAUCCUUCGUUUCGAAGUUCGAAUCUGGCCCC